AUGACCCCGAGGGCCGCUGCUUGGUCUGGCUGGCGCUUCCGGACAGCUGAGGAGGCCGAGGCGGGCGGGGGCGGGCAUGGGGCUUGGACCCACGGGGAGCGUGGCCAGCAGACGGCAGGGCCUGAGCACCUGCAGAGGGCCUGGGAGGCUGGCCUGCUGGAGCUCUCCCCGGUGGAGAGGGGCGUCGUCAGCAUCUACGGCGUGGCCAGCCGCUUCUUCGUGGCCAUGAGCAGCAAGGGCAAGCUCUACGGCUCGCCAUUCUUCACGGAGGAGUGCAAGUUCAAGGAGAUUCUGCUCCCCAACAACUACAAUGCCUACGAGUGCCACCGGCACCCCGGCUCGUUCAUCGCCCUGAGCAAGAACGGCAAGACCAAGAAGGGGACCCGGGUGUCCCCCGCCAUGAAGGUCACCCACUUCCUCCCGCGCCUGUGAGCCCAGCGCCUGCCUCAGCCGGGGCGCU